AUGACUUGGCGCGCAGACCUACGCCUCAUCAACCAUCACAAUGUUCAAACCCUUCGAACUUCUCCGCUGGCGGAACUCUCUGGUGCUCUCGGCGACCUGGGAACGCUUCUUCCUUUGAUGAUCGCCAUGGCCAUCAAAGGAUCAAUCGACCUGGGAUCUACACUCGUCUUUUCUGGGCUUGCCAAUAUUCUCACGGGAGUCUUCUUUGGCAUCCCGCUUCCUGUUCAACCUAUGAAAGCUAUUGCGGCUGUGGCAAUUUCUCAAGGAUUCAGCAAGGAAGAAACUGCAGCUGCGGGUUUGACGAUGGGCGUUGCGGUCUUUUUGCUCAGUGCGACGGGUUUGCUUAAGUGGCUCAAUCGGGUCGUGCCAGUGAGUGUUGUCAAAGGCAUUCAGGUUGGCGCAGGUUUGAGUCUGGUGAUAAGUGCAGGAACGAGCCUGGUGAAGCCUCUGGGAUGGGUGUCACCAGCGUGGGACAACCGCGUCUGGGCGAUUGCAGCAUUUCUGUUCCUGCUGCUGGCGACACUUGUCCCGCGAAUCCCCUAUGCCCUCGUGGUCUUCUUGAUCGGAUUGAUCAUUGCUGCAGCUGUUCCUGGUGUUGAUCACGAGAGAAGCUUUUCUGCUGGAAUUUGGCAUCCCUCUCCGUUCGUGCCAUCUGGCGAGGCAUGGAAGACAGGUGCCAUUGACGCUGCUGUUCCUCAGCUUCCACUUACCACAUUGAACAGUAUCCUGGCUGUAGCCUCACUGGCAGCAAGUCUAUUCCCAACAUUUCCUCCUACCCCAAGCACGACAUCGAUUGGCUUCUCUGUCGCUUUUGCAAACUUGAUCGGGUGUUGGUUUGGAGCUAUGCCCGUCUGUCAUGGAUCUGGAGGUUUGGCUGGUCAAUAUCGAUUCGGAGCUCGAAGUGGCUCCAGUAUCAUCAUACUUGGCUCGAUCAAGCUUGUUCUUGGCUUGUUCGUUGGUGACGCUAUAGUGCCACUGCUACAACGCUUCCCCAACAGCUUACUUGGUAUCAUGGUACUGGCAGCAGGAGUCGAACUCAGCAAAGUCGGGCAAAGCGUAGGCGAGUCGAAAGACUUGUGGGAGCAGGCUGAUGAGGAUAAUAUCGACCAGAUGCCUCCCAGGAAAUCACGACAGGCGACUGAGCAGGAGAGUAAUGACAGAUGGGUGGUCAUGCUUAUUACAGUGGCAGGCUGUUUGGCUUUCAAGAACGAUGCGGUAGGCUUCCUCGCCGGUCUCGUCUGGCACUGGGGACUACAGUGUCCUCAGUUGGUCGAGCACGUCUGGCCCAGACGAUCAUCUGUCAGGCUCAGUAACGCCGAGCAAGAGGAUGGCCUGCUCUCAUGAUCAUAUCUUGCGGUGCUUACUUUUUUUUAAGCAUCCAAGAAUGCGAAUGGACAGUACAUAAAUAACCCUCUCAUAGUCAAUAACAAGUGGAGAGCUGAUUUCGAUGAAUAUCACAAGGUGCUG